GGGGGCAGGAGAAAAAAGCUUUUCCAAAAAAGUAUUGGCUGUCUUGAGGAAUGCGGUCGUCCCCUUGGGAAAGUACAUAUCUGGGAGCAGCAGGAGGCUCCGCGAUCGCAUUCAGGAUCCGCCGGCUCACCGCGCUSGUGCCCGCCUCUCAGCUCCCGCCGCAGCCCAAGGGCCCCUCGCCACCGCCACCAUGGACGCCAUCAAGAAGAAGAUGCAGAUGCUGAAGCUCGACAAGGAGAACGCCUUGGAUCGAGCAGAGCAGGCAGAGGCCGACAAGAAGGCGGCAGAAGACAGGAGCAAACAGCUGGAAGAUGAGCUGGUGUCGCUGCAAAAGAAACUCAAGGGCACUGAAGAUGAACUGGACAAAUACUCUGAGGCUCUCAAAGAUGCCCAGGAGAAACUGGAGCUGGCGGAGAAAAAGGCCACUGAUGCUGAAGCUGAUGUAGCUUCUCUGAACAGACGCAUCCAGCUGGUUGAGGAAGAGUUGGAUCGUGCUCAGGAGCGUCUGGCAACAGCUUUGCAGAAGCUGGAGGAGGCUGAAAAAGCAGCAGAUGAAAGCGAGAGAGGCAUGAAAGUCAUUGAAAGUAGAGCCCAAAAGGAUGAAGAAAAAAUGGAAAUUCAGGAGAUCCAACUGAAAGAGGCCAAGCACAUUGCUGAAGAUGCCGACCGAAAAUAUGAAGAGGUAGCCCGUAAGCUGGUCAUCAUUGAAAGUGACCUGGAACGUGCAGAGGAGCGGGCUGAGCUCUCAGAAGGCAAAUGUGCCGAGCUUGAAGARGAAUUGAAAACUGUGACCAACAACUUGAAGUCACUGGAGGCUCAGGCUGAGAAGUACUCUCAGAAGGAAGACAAAUAUGAGGAAGAGAUCAAGGUCCUUUCUGACAAGCUGAAGGAGGCUGAGACUCGGGCUGAGUUUGCCGAGAGGUCAGUAACUAAAUUGGAGAAAAGCAUUGAUGACUUAGAAGACGAGCUGUAUGCUCAGAAACUGAAGUACAAGGCCAUCAGCGAGGAGCUGGACCACGCUCUCAACGAUAUGACUUCCAUAUAAAUUUCUUUGCUUCACUUCUCCCAAGACUCCUUCAUCAAGCUGGAUAUCCCACCUCUCAGCUCUGCACUUAUCUGUUCUCCAGCUGWCCUGGUUCUUUCUCUUAGCACCUGCCUUAGGGCCAGGCACAUACUGUGCUUUCUAUUGUAUAGAAGCUCUUUGUUCCAGUGUAAAAUAAACACUGUGUAAGCUAUUGCUGUUUGCUAUUCUUUUUACUUCUUAUUUAUUGACGUUUUGGUUUCAACACUGAAUAAAACUAUAAUUCUGCUUCAUUCA